AACUCGCUCUUGUGUAUAAUAUGCAUGUGUGCAGCGUGCGCGCAUUGACGGUAAAAUGAACGAUGACUCGGACGACGAUGCUCGCGAGGAAGUGCGUCUGAUAAAGCAUGGCGAGCUGCGAGCGGCUGUCAGCGCUGGAGAUGAGCGCACUGUGCGCGUGCUGCUGGAAGCGCUGGGAAGAGAACGUCAGAUAAUUGUGAAUAUGGCACCAGCUGGUGCCAACACAUUGCUAUUUAUUGCUAGUCAGUCGGGCUUUGAAAACAUUACACAACGGUUACUGGAUGCAGGCGCCGAUGGACGCGCACAUGCAGUAACCAAAUACUCACCAUUGUACGCAGCUGUGCACAAUGGUCACUAUGGCAUAUCCAAGUUGCUGCUAGAACGCUUCUCAGAGCUGGUGCAGCAGGCAACAGUGGAGCGUUGGCUGCCGUUGCAUGCGGCCUGCAUAAAUGGGCAUAUCAAGCUGCUGGAGCUGUUAAUUAACUAUAACUAUCCCGACUACCUCUAUGAGACAUAUCGUGACGAGGACGGCCAGUGGGAGUGGCGGCUGCCCUUCGAUGCAAAUGCUCAGGAUGUUACAGGACAAACAAGUCUUUACAUAGCCAGCUUGCUGGGCAACUGUCAGCUGCUGAAUGUGCUGCUGAAGUGGCAAAUACGCUGCCAGCGCACAAGCAGCUUGAAUGAAGUCAAUGCGGCUGCGACAGGCACAGGCAGCACUGGGACGGCUACAGGCUCUGCCAGCACGCCCAUAACGCCCACUCGCAAGCGUAUAUCAUUUGGCAUACAAGCCAUCAUGUCCAAGUUGCACAUAAGCGGCGAGGGUGAGGACUUGGAGCAGCAAACGCAGCAGUCUAUGCGUUGUCCCAUUCAUGUUAAUUUGCUUUGCGGCGCUGCACGUGAGACUGCGCUGCUGGCCGCUGUGCGUGGCGGGCACUUGGAUGUGGCGCAGUCACUGCUGCAGCAUGGCGCCAAUCCCAACAUUGUAGCAAAGCCUGUGGAGGAUCACAAUGAUCCCAAGUGCAGCGAAGAGAUUUAUGGGCUAAGCAAUGUGCCCAUUGCAGAGGCUUGCAAGCAGCGCUCGCUGCACAUGUUGGACUUGCUGCUGAAAUAUGAUGCACGUGAUGACAAUGGCACUGCCAUUAGCAUUGCCAUUGCCAGCGAAGAUGAAGCGUUGCUUAGUCGCUUGCUAGCGCGACGCGUGCAUCCCGACUCGGACUAUAAGAUCAACAAGAAAGGCUUGCCCACGCCGCUGGAAGUGAAUGUGUUUCAGCCCUCGGCUAGCAAUAUAGCAUAUAGCGCCAUGUUUCCCAAUGUGCCCACUAUUGUGGAUUGGCAUAGUCUCACGGUCAAUGUGCAGCUGAGCUUUGUGCGCAUGCCUUGGCUGGUGAGUGGUGUAUUGCAGUUGAAUCCCAAGUUGACAGCACAUCCACGUUUAAAUGAGGUGGCGCUAACUGCUGUAACACGCAUUGAUUUCUCGCAUAAUCUGCUAACCAACAUUCCGUCGGAGCUGUUCAAUCUGGUUAGCCUAAAAUAUCUGAACCUAGCGCAGAACAAAAUCGUAGAGCUGCCAGCGCCGCUGAAUGGCGGCAAGAGCUACAAUUGCCCUGUCUUGGAUGAACUGUUUCUACAGGACAAUCAGCUAACCUGCUUGCCUGCUGCAGUAUUCCAACUGCCCGCCUUGAGCAUGCUGGACAUAUCCAACAACAAGCUGCAGCAGCUGCCGUUUGAUAUGUGGCGUGCGCCCAAGUUGCGUGAGCUAAACGUCGCAUUCAAUUUGCUGCGCGAGCUGCCUGUGCCGCCCAUGCAGACGAGCAGCUCACAGUGGAGCUUGGACAAGCUGCAGCUGUUGCAGUCCUGCGAGCAAACAAACAACAACAAGCCACAUACAGUCUGCCUGCAAACAUUGACGCAUCGCAAUUUAUGGUCCACAGCGCUAGAUAUAACAGACAAUGAGUUGAAGUGGCAGCAGCAGGACGAACAGCAACAACAACAACAAGGCGCGGAUAAGGCAACGAUUGGUGUUUCACAGCUGAGCAGCUUGAAUAUAGCAAACAAUUUGUUUACCAGCAUACCAGUGGCUUUGCCUUGCCUUGCGGUGCAUUUGACGCGUCUAAACAUGUCCUACAACAGUCUGCGCUCCAUGGGACAUGUCACCAGCUAUCCUGCAACGCUCAAGCAGCUGGAUUUGAGCCACAACGAAAUCAGCUGUUGGCCAAGUUUGCCGCGCAUAACCGAAUCCGAUCCUCAUUUGCUAUGCUACAGCUAUGUGCAGUUAGCCGAUUCCAUGGAAGAGCCUGCCUACAAAUCUACAAGCAGCAGCAGCAAGGGCAGCACCUGCUCCUUUCGCGCUUCAGUGCUAAAGAGCGUCUGUCGUCAUAGACGGCACUUGCGCCUGGAAGCGCUGCGCACGCUUAUCUUGGCGGAUAAUCUGCUGACGCGCAUACAGCUGUCCACAGAUGAUGCUACAACGCUGUUCAAUGAAAGCGAGGAUGCCGACUGGAGCGUGGUGGGCUUAAACAAAUCCAAAGUAAUAUUUCCAAACCUAUCCAUGCUGGACAUGACCAACAAUUGUCUGAAGGAAAUUCCCGCCUCGUUGCAUGAGCUGAGCAGCCUUUCGGUUCUGAAUAUAAGCGGCAAUGUACAGAUUACAGACUUGCCACCGCAUCUUGGACUGCUCUCACGUCUCUGGAAUCUGAAUACACGUGGCUGUCUGCUGCAGGAGCCGCUGCGUUCGAUGAUUGAAAGCAAAAAGCACAAGACUAUGGAUAUAAUAGGUUAUCUCAAGUCCAUUUAUGAGGAUGCACAGCCCUAUGCGCGCAUGAAGUUGAUGGUUGUGGGCUCUUGUGGCAUUGGCAAGACCACGCUGCUGGAUUUGCUGCGUCAGGGCGUGGGCAGCGGCCAGGCAAGCAGCGCCAGCGCGCAUAGAUCACGCGCCAACGAGAAUCACUGGGCCAAGCGCAUGGGACACUCACGCAGCAGCUCACGCUCACAGCGUCCAGCGAAUAUAUCAACUGUGGGCGUGGAUAUAGGCACUUGGAUUUGUGAGAAACGCAAACGUGCUGCAGGCUUUCCGGCCAUUGUGUUUCGCACUUGGGAUUUUGGUGGACAGCGCGAAUAUUAUGCGACACAUCAAUACUUUCUUUCCAAGCGCAGUUUGUAUUUGGUGCUCUGGAAGAUAAGCGACGGGCACAAGGGUCUGGCGGAGCUGCUGCAGUGGCUGGGCAAUAUACAAGCGCGUGCGCCCAACUCGCCAGUGCUGAUCAUAGGCACGCACUUUGACACUGUGGGCGACAACAUAUCCGCACUGCAGGCGGAGCAGCUGCAGCAACUUAUACGUGAAAAGUUUAUAGCCAUACCAGAUGCAGAGAAGAUUGGUCUGCCGCGCGUUAUCGACUCUAUUGAGAUUAGUUGUCGCACUUUGCAUAAUAUUCAUCUAUUGGCUAACAUUAUAUAUGACACUGCGAUGCAGCUGCGUUCGCCUGGCUCCAAGGAGCCGCUGCUGCUGCAAAAGAUUCCCGCCAGCUAUAUUGCCCUGGAGGAUAUUGUUAAUGUUAUUGCCUGCAAUCUGCGCGCAGCGGGUCGCGAUCCUGUGCUGGAUGCUGAGCAGUAUCGCUGCCAGGUCACUGAGCAAAUGCGUCUGCAUAACUAUAAAAGUUUUCGCGAUGCUGCGGAGCUGCAGCAGGCCACCACCUGGUGUCAUGACAAUGGCAUUCUGCUGCACUACGAUGAUGCCACAUUGCGUGACUACUACUUCUUGGAUCCACAGUGGCUUUGUGACAUGCUCGCGCAUGUGGUAACGGUGCGUGAGAUUAAUCCCUUUGCGCCCACGGGUCUUAUGAAGCUCGAUGAUCUGCAGCUGCUGUUCCGCAGCGUUCAGGCACAGAGCAAUGGCAAUCGCAGUUACAUUGUAAGCUUGCUGAACAAGUUUGAAGUAGCAUUGACCUGGGAUUCGCGCACGUUGUUGAUACCAUCGCUGCUGCCGCUGCAGGAGUCGCUAAGCUACAAUGAAGGCACCACAGUCAAGUUGCUGCAACGUGUGCGCGGACGCAAUCAUAAUCUGGGCUGCUCGGUGUCGCAGGAAGUGAAUCUUAACAAGCUCAGCUAUGAGGCGCAUACGCCACGCACUUCACCCGCUUCAUCUGCGGCCAGCAGUCAAGGUCUGCGUCGCAUGCUACUGAUGACUUACUUCCCCUCAGGCUUUUGGUCGCGUCUCAUAACGCGCGUGCUGGCAGAUGAGCAAAUCAUUGAGGCUAUUCGAGGUGUCUAUGUGGCAGCGCAGGAUAAAUACUUGGACUUUGAUUUGCGCAGCUCGCUGGAGCUGGAAACACAAUGGAAUCUUUGGCAAACAGGCAUAUCGCUUUACUACGGUCCCAUACUAAUCUUUCGCAUUUGGGAGCUGCCUUUCCAAAAUACGGAACGCACUCAGCCUUGGCGCACGGCUACGAAUCGUUUCAAGCUUAAGCUUGAUGGUGUUUGGAGCGAUGUCAACUUGAGCAGCUCUAGCAUAUUGGAGAUAUACUUUCCACUGCUUAAUGUUUGCGUCUAUGAGGAUUUAGAUGCUGGUGAGCGCCAGAUGCUAGCUGAGCUGCAGCCGCAGCUGUCACAAGUGGCCAAAUUGCUGGCAUUAGUUGUAGAUCACAUAGAUCUGCUGCUGGAGGAUUGGUAUCCAGCGCUGGGCACUCGCUUUGUGCACACCUCAGAGGGACGUUUCUUAAUCACACGCUUGGUGCUAUGUCCACGUUGCUUGCGUAAGCUGCAGCUGCAGAGCGCGGAGCCUGGCGAGCGUGAGCCUAGUCUGAAUGGAGCAGCGCGUCCUAGUCGCAGCGGCAAACGUGGCGCUUUCUAUUUGCAUGGCGCUGCUGAUGGUAGCGAGGAUGGCGCCUUGAAUGUUUUCUCAGCUUAUCUACAUGCUACUGCAAGUCGCGAGCGCCGCUCCGCAGACUCUCUAGGCGCUGGCUCAGACGCAGACUCAGGCGUGGGUCCAGACUCGGCUUUCUCUUCGCGCAAUACGUCCGUCGAUGGUCAUCCGGUGUAUGCCUCGCAUCUGCCUGAUAACUCCAAUGUGUGCUAUGCCUGGAUGGUGGAGGAGUGCAUACUCUCGGUCUACAAUCAAAGCAAACUCAGUUGCCCUGUGCAUCUAGAGCAGUCCAUGGCGCAACUGGCGCCGGAUGUUAUCUUUGCAGACAUUCCAGACAAAUAUACAAUUGCUACGGAUUGCAUUAUCAAGGGCUCGCUGCUGGGACGCGGCGCAUUUGGUUUUGUAUUCAAAGCCAGUUGCAAAGUGCGUGGGGCUAGAGCUUUUCGUGCUGUGGCUAUGAAAAUGCUGCAGCCAGUGCCGCCAGGUGCGCGUGCCAAGGAGAGUGCCUUGCUUGCCUACAAAGUAGCCUUGGGCAAAUGGGAUCGUGAUCCGCUACAACAUUCCUGCAAAGCUUACUGCACAGCGCGUCAGGAGCUGGCCGUGCUGCUUACGCUGAAGCAUCAGAACAUUGUGCCCUUGGUGGGCAUUUGCAUUAAGCCGCUUGCCUUGGUAUUGGAGCUAGCGCCGCUGGGUGGUUUGGACAUACUACUCAAGCAAUAUAGACGCAGUGGCGCGCACGUGGGUCCACAUACAUUCCAAAUGCUGGUGCUGCAGGCAGCGCGUGCUAUCGAAUAUCUGCAUCGUCGUCGCAUUAUCUAUCGUGAUUUAAAGUCGGAGAAUGUGCUAGUCUGGGAGCUGCCUCAGCCACACAGCGAGGACAGUCCACGCAAUCAGGUGCACAUUAAAAUUGCAGAUUAUGGCAUUAGUCGUCAAACUGCAGCAGGACUUAGCGCCAAGGGCUUUGGCGGCACAGAGGGCUUUAUGGCGCCUGAAAUAAUACGCUUCAAUGGCGAGGAGGAGUAUACGGAAAAGGUGGACUGCUUUAGCUUUGGCAUGUUCAUAUAUGAGAACAUAAGCUUGCGUCAGCCUUUCGAGGGGCACGAGUCCAUCAAGGAGUGCAUACUGGAGGGCAGUCGCCCGGCUUUGACACAGCGUGAAACGCAAUUUCCAACCUGCUGCUUGGAUUUGAUGGUGCUUUGUUGGCAUGAGCAGCCGCGGCGACGCCCCUCGGCAAGUCAAAUUGUUUCUAUACUCAGCGCGCCUGAGUGCAUACAUCUGUUGGAUGCAGUGGCACUGCCCCAUAGCGAAAAGAUUGUGUGCGGCGCUUUUCAACUGCUGCCCGGCAGUGGCUUGGAGGAGGAUCGCGCGGGUCCGGAGCUGUGGCUGCCUGCAUUUGGCUCGCGCAUUGAUAUAUUGGACGUCUCGCUGGCGGGCAGCUUAUUGGAAUGCAGCAGCAUCAGCUGCGCGCCGCCGCCGCAGGCACAAGCGCAAGAGCUGCGCGCGCCCAAGACGCCAGAGAAUUCGGCUGCAAUGCGCGCUCGUUCGGCGCAGCGCUUGCCCAAAGUGAACAUGUUGUGCUGUUGUCUGGUGGGCGAGGCUAUUUGGAUGGGCGAUGUGUCGGGCAAUCUGCAUGCUUAUAGCACUGCUAGCUAUGCGCACUUGUUCUCGUAUAUGCUCGAUCCUGCCAUCAAGUCGGCGGUUAUAAGUUUGGUCUAUAUGCCUGGCAUAGCGCGUGUAGCUGUGGGCACGCACAAUGGACGCGUCUUCCUAGUGGAUGCCACACAAAUGCCCAGCAAUUGUGCCUUUGCCGAAGGCAGUUUUGUGUUGACUGAAAUCUGUUCAGGGUUUGUGCUGCAUGCAGCCUGCUCAGUGCUAAUGGAUGGCGAGUAUGAGCUUUGGUGUGGUGAGAUUGCUGGCAAGAUCAAUGUGUUUCCGGUUAAUGAGUCUGGCGUUUGUGGCCAUCAGGCUCUGUGCCACAGCGAGGAGCCCAAUCGCAUUGAAGAUGUCAAGGUGGCACGACUCUGCAGCAAUGAAAGUCACGUCUUUAGCUGUCUGUAUCCUGGCUGCAUGGUGUACCAAUGGGGCGCUGUAUCCAAGCGCAUUGAAAACAAGCUGGACUGCUCCAAGCUGCUGCCUUGCUCUGAAUCGCUGCAGAGCAUUGCCAUUGAUGAGCAUGUGAAUCUUAUUAAAUGCCAAAUCUCAGCGCUGGCGGCGCACAACACUGAGCUGUACAUAGGCACAACCUGGGGCUGUCUAAUAGUUGCCGAGCUGCAAACAUUGCGUCCAAUUAGCGUAUUCAGACCCUAUGAGAAUGAGAUUAAAGCUAUCAUUACUAUACCCAGUGCUAGUGUGCCCUUGAUAGCUACACUUGGACGUCGCUAUCGUUCGUUAAUCUCGCGCUAUGUGGACAACGCAGAGACUGGAAACCAUUCCCAAACCAGUGUGGCAAGCACUCCAACGCAUGCUGCUGCCAAGUCUAUGCCACCCGCAGAUGUGGAUAACCAUAUACAUUGUCUGCUGUGGCGUGCAAAGCAUUGGACCUAGAAACGAUCUCAAUUAUGUGCAACUACUUCUUUAGCUUAAGAAGACUUUAUUUAUUUAGGCAACUACAGCUGUUUAACUAAUAAUAUUAAUAAAUACU